ACCACUGCGUCGACGAAGCAACCACCUCCCUGAAGGAAGGCAUCUCCCUAGGCAACUCUGGUGAAAUUCCAACGGGUGGGACAUCAGCCAUCAUCUUAUCGGGCGGUUCCGUUGGAGACUGAAUCUCCAUGGAUGAAACGGUGGGGAAGACCAAUUCAAACUGGAACUCUCUCUGGACUUUCUCUCUCUGGACUUUUGUGUACGAAGUAAAGUUACCCCAAUAUAGUAGUACGGAGUAUAAACAAACAAAGAUCUCCUUUCCUUUUUUUACACUAAUAAUAAUAAUUUUAUAAUUUUAUAAUUUUAUAAUUUUAUUCCUCGGGAGUGUACGAGUGAAGUGGAAAAAGUGAUUGAAGAGAGAGAAAGCGAAAGCGAAUGCGAAUGCGAAUGCGAAUGCGAAUGCGAGAGAAAGCCAUGGAAGGUGUAGAGGAGUUCUUGAAGGAAUGCAAAGAAUCUGGCGAUGCAGCGUACAGUGAACUACGAUCAGUGCUUGAAAAGCUCGAGAAUCCGGAGACGAGAGUUGGUGCGCGAAUUUUCUUGUCGAAUCUUCAGAAGUAUUUCGAUUCUGCUGGUGUUUCUUCUGAGGAUUGUUUCGCUACUUAUCAUUUCCGAAUCAAUGACAUUCAAUUGGAGCAUUCUUCAGGCUUCCAUCAGAGGAAAAAGUUGACAAUGCUGGUCAUUCCUAGCAUUUUUAUGCCAGAAGAUUGGUCUUUCACAUUUUACGAAGGGUUGAACAGGCAUCCAGAAUCCAUCUAUAAAGAUAAAAUAGUUGCUGAGCUUGGUUGUGGAAAUGGAUGGAUUACAAUUGCUAUUGCUGAAAAAUGGUCUCCUUCAAAGGUGUAUGGCCUUGAUAUAAAUCCAAGAGCUAUAAAAGUUUCGUGGAUUAACCUAUACUUAAAUGCUUUGGAUGAGAAUGGUCAACCCAUUUAUGACGGAGAGAAGAAGACUCUACUGGACAGAGUGGAAUUUCAUGAAUCUGACCUUCUAGCUUAUUGCAGGGACCAUAACAUAGUGCUUGAAAGGAUCGUUGGCUGCAUACCACAGAUCCUAAAUCCUAAUCCAGAUGCAAUGACCAAGAUGAUAACAGAAAAUGCAAGUGAGGAGUUUCUCUAUUCGCUCAGCAACUAUUGUGCACUACAGGGUUUUGUUGAAGAUCAAUUUGGCUUAGGUUUAAUAGCUAGGGCAGUGGAAGAGGGGAUUACAGUGAUUAAACCCACUGGGAUUAUGAUCUUUAAUAUGGGAGGCCGUCCAGGACAAGCUGUUUGCAGACGUCUGUUUGAACGCCGUGGUUUCCGUGUUAAUAAGAUCUGGCAAACUAAAGUUAUUCAGGCUGCUGAUACAGAUAUUUCAGCGUUGGUUGAGAUUGAAAAGAACAGCCCACACCGUUUCGAAUUCUUCAUGGGGCUUACAGGAGAUCAAUCUCUUUGUGCUCGAUCAGCUUGGGCAUAUGGGAAGGCCGGUGGUUGUAUCUCUCAUUCAAUUUCAGUUUAUAGCUGUCAACUUCGUCAACCUAAUCAGGUUAAAACAGUUUUUGAGUUUUUGAGAGACGGCUUUAAUGAGAUCAACAAUUCUUUGGACUUAUCCUUUGACGAUGAUGCUGUGGCUGAUGAGAAGAUUCCAUUCCUGUCAUAUCUUGCGAGUGCUUUGAAAGAACAUUCCUACCUUCCUUUUGAGCCACCAGCUGGAAGUAGACGCUUUCGAGACCUUGUUGCAGGGUUCAUCAAAACAUACCAUCAUGUUCCACUUACUUCCAAGAAUGUUGUUGUGUUUCCUUCAAGGACUGCAGCAAUCGAGAACGCUUUACGGUUGUUCUCACCAAACCUUGCCAUUGUCGAUGAACAUUUGACCCGUGACCUACCUAGGCAAUGGAUGACAUCUUUGGCAAUUGAGAAGAAAAAUUGUAGUGAGGAUUCAGAUGUUGUUACAGUUAUAGAGGCUCCACGUCAGUCUGAUUUGAUGGUGGAGCUGAUUAAGAAGCUGAAACCUCAGGUUGUGGUUACUGGCAUUGCUAGUUUUGAGGCUGUUACUAGUGCAGCCUUUGAGAAUCUGUUGAACGUUACAAGAGAAAUUGGCUCACGUCUUUUCGUAGACAUCUCUGACCACUUUGAGCUGUCAAGCCUUCCUAUUUCCAAUGGGGUCCUAAAGUAUCUUGCAGCAAAUACUCUUCCAUCACAUGCUGCCAUUGUAUGUGGUCUUUUGAAGAAUCAGGUUUAUGCAGAUCUUGAAGUAGCAUUUGUGAUUUCAGAAGAUGAAACCAUAUUUCAGGCUCUGGCAAGAACAGUUGAACUUCUUGAAGGGAAUACUUCAUUGAUUAGUCAAAACUACUACGGCUGUCUUUUCAAUGAGCUUCUUUCCUUUCAGCUAGCUGAUCGACACCCAGCUCCUAUGAGAGAAUGUGCUAAGAAGAGUUCCACGGAGUUGAUUGGGUUCGCCAGCUCUGCUAUCUCAGUCUUCAAUAAUUCUGAGCUGUCAAUAAGUGUAGGAGACAAUGAGUCUUCCCUGAUUCACAUGGAUGUUGAUCGGAGCUUCCUGUCAUUGCCCUUACCCGUAAAGGCCGCUAUAUUUGAAAGUUUCGCUAGGCAGAAUCUUUCCGAGUCUGAGACAGAUGUUACCAAUGGCAUCAGGAAAUUUAUUAACAUCAGAUAUGGUUUCCAAACAAACAACAGGACAGAAUUCUUAUAUUCUGACUAUUCUUUGGGUCUUUUUAACAAGCUGCUACUUAGCUGUAUUCAAGAAAGUGGCACGUUUUUCUUUCCUGCUGGAUGUAAUGGAAAUUAUAUAGCUGCUGCAAAGUUUAUGAAAGCAGAUGUUGUUUACAUUCCCACACAAGCUGACGUUGGAUUUAAACUAACUGCUGAUGUACUGACCAAAGCACUGGAGUCUGUUAAAAAUCCAUGGCUAUAUGUUUCUGGUCCUACGAUUAACCCAACAGGAUUGUUGUACAGCAAUAAGGAGAUGGAAGAUAUAUUAUCAGUUUGCGCAAGAUGUGGUGCAAGAGUUCUAAUUGAUACCUCUUUUUCAGGACUUGAAUAUAACAUUGCUAAUUGGGAUACCUGGAAUUUGGAGCCCACUUUAGCAAAGCUUUAUUCCUCUGCCACCUCAACUUUCUGUGUUUCUAUGCUUGGAAAUCUGUCAUCAGAGAUGCUUACUGGAGGGCUGACCUUUGCAUUUCUAGCCAUGGAUCAGUCUCUAUUUGCUGAGACAACUAAUGGUUUUGCUGGUCUAACCAAACCUCACAGUACUACUAGGUAUGCUGUGAAGAAAUUGUUGGCUCGGGCUGAACACGGAGUUGGGGACCUUUCUGAAUUUGUUGCAGAACAUAAGAGCAUUUUGAAAAAUAGGUCGCAACGCUUGACGGAGGCGUUGCAGAACUCUGGAUGGGAAGUGCUUCCAUCCCAAGGUGGCGUCUCCAUGGUGGCAAGGCCAUCUGGUUAUCUCGGGAAACAUGUUAAACUGGAGGAUGCUGCUAGUAAAAAGAUUGAGCUUGCAGACUCUACUAUCCGUGAAACCAUGUUGACAGCAACUGGCUUAUGUAUUAAUAGUGGUUUAUGGACUGGAAUUCCUGGUUACUGUCGCUUUACUAUUGCUUUACAAGAAGAUGAAUUUGAGCAGGCAUUGGAUCGCAUCAAGAAAUUCAAGGAUCUCAUUGCUUAAGUACUAGGAUUAUGCUCAAAGUUAUUCUUACUCUAAAUAAGGCCCAUUUGCAUGACUUAGGUGUCAUGCUUAAGAUUUGAAAUUCUUAGUGAGUGAGAAGAAAGAAUCUGUCAAAGGCGAGGUUGGAAUGUUUAUUCCCUGCUUGUCAUGCUAAGGUUUUUUCUUGUGGCUUGUCCAGUCUGCUUUAUCGUGUUUAUGUACGGAAAGUAAUCCUGUUUUUUCCCCCCAUAUUGUGUUGUAUGAAUGAGACUAAAUAAUUUAUUAUUUAUUUUUCUGUUCUAA